GUCCGAUCCGCAGACAGGAAUCUAAAGAAGAUUUACGGGAUGUUUUGGAAAUACAUACUCACGAUCACCGUCACCACUGGUUUUAAUGUGCAGCAGAUGUUCCCUACAGCUGCAGCCAAGGCCCCAUCACCUCUAACAUGCAUUGUCAUCCAAGAGGCUGAUGGAUUAAUCUACAGUCUGUCCCGACCGCCCAGUUCAUCCAAUUGUGAGACUUGGUGGGAGCUAGAGAACAAAACUGUCGUUGCCCGGAACUCUAAAGCUGACUUCAAGCUGGUCCAGAAUCUGACGGACCAGUUCCUCACCCUUAAUUUCUGCCAGUCCUACCUGCACUACGCAAGGUCCUGCUCUGAGGGCUGGGAGGAAGCCCACUGUAGAGUUAAAUGCAACCUCAUCUUGGAUCCCAAUGCUGAUCCCACAACCACUGUGAACUCUACGUUGAUUUGCAUCACCAAGACUUGGUGUCUGACUCAGCUGAUUUUUGCACUUGGUGUCAUCGGUAUCAUUCUUCUUGUAGUCGGUGUCCUUGUGGUUCUGCAUCCCAAAUGCAGAAGAAGAAUAUGUGCAACCAUGGGAGCUUCGUACAUUCCUGCAAAUCAGCAAAAUAACAUGGAGCAAGAGGAGAUGACAGAGGUCAACAUAAAGACAUAUGUUGGGAGCUGAUAUGGUACAAAACAACAGUGGCUGAACAAGGAUGAAAACUGACUAUCUCUAGAUUAAAUGUAGCCACUGUUCUUUAUAAUAAUAAUAAUGAUGAUGUUAUUUUUUUGUUAUUCAUACAAGUGCCUUCAAGUCUAGUAAAGCAAUAUUAAAUAGAAAUAAACAACCUAAGUGUUACACAUGCAAAAAUAUUAAAUAGAAAUAUUUGUAAUGGGAUAUUUAUAAUAUAUAUAUUAUAUCUGAAGUUAUAUACCUUAUUACUUAAAUAUAAGUAAUAAGAUAUUUAAAAUGAUAGUUUUAGGAGAGUUUUAAACUUUAAACUUAAAGCCCAAAGAGAGACAACAAAGCUGUUUUUACAGAUGCUCAUAGAAACAUACCAGAAUAAUAAAAAAAAAGUUUUAAAUGGUGCUUUUGAAGCCCGAU